AGGCGGGCCGGGCGAUGUGGCAGGCGCUGGCCCUCGGGGCGCUCUUCUUCCCGGGGCUUUUCGCCUUCUCCAUCCGGAGCCUGCGCUGGGUGGCGCCGGCAUGGAGCCUCAAGGACCGCGUCGUCCUCAGCAGCAGGUUGGUGUCCUCCAUUCAAGCCAUCAUGGCCACCGUUUCGGGAAUCGUAGUCAUCGUUAGCUGCAGCGAUGUGGUUAACGGCAGGCACUGGAUUGCUCGGGAAUACGUCUGGUUCGUGGUUUCCUACAUGACUUACGACAUCUACGCCAUGUACCUCUGCUACUGGCACAAGAACAUUGACAAAGAACCGGGCGACGCGAUGCACUCUCUGGCCAGCGUGAAGAGUUUCCUGCGGAAGGAGAGACUCAUGGUCACGCACCACCUCUUCAUCCUCAUCGUCCUGACGCCCGUAGCCGUGCACUUCCGUGGCGAUAGGGGAGACUUUUUUGUCGGCUGCAUCCUCACGGCCGAGCUGAGCACCCCCUUUGUGUCCCUGGGCAAGAUCCUGAUGCAGCUGAAAAUGCAAGACUCCCUCUUGCACAAAGUCAACGGCGUCCUCAUCCUGGCGACCUUCUUCCUCUGCCGGAUCGUGCUCUUCCCCUACAUGUACUGGGCCUACGCGCGGCACAUGGGCCUCCCGGCCUACGAGGUGCCGUUCCGCAUCCCCCUCCACUGCAACGUGGCCAACGCUGUGCUGAUCGCCCCGCAGCUCUACUGGUUCACCCUCAUCUGCCGGAAGGCCACGAGGCUGUACAGCAGCGCGCCCGACCGAGCCAGAUAACGGCGGCUUUGGGCCUGUCCUGUGAGCACCGGGCGCCCUCGCCCUCGCCUUUCGGCUUUGGGGAGGGCGCAUGGGGUUGGAACCUGCACGGGGUUUUCGCCAGGGGUACCCUUGACCGGCAACGGAACCCCGGGUACCUCCCUUGGCAUAGAAUGGCGGCAACAAGGUUCGAGGUUUAUCGGAAACUCCUCUCUUCCACGCAUACCGGGAUCUACUACCACAACCGUUGUGGUGUUCCAGACAGAGGCAGAGUGACCCCGCAGGACCUAACCUCUCAGGGCUCCGGCCCUGCAAGGAUUCGGAAACAUUCCUUCUUGCCAACGCCGCUGUUUCCUCGAUCGCCCGUCGCUCAACAUCUGCACUGCUGUUUCCCCCUUUCUCCCCACCCCCAGCGCAAUGUUGAUCCCUUCUCCCCUCUAAACUCCGCACCCUUCUCUCAAUUCCACUCCAAGAUUGAAGGUGCAGCCUCUGCAGCCGGCUUUGCGGAAAGUGAACCAACCCGCGUCCUCCUUUUGCCGCAAGGCCGGCCGGCGAUAAAACUUCGAUUCCCUCGCUCAGAUAUUCAAAGGCCCACCCCCUGUCCCAAAAGUACUUUUCGAAUGCUGGAGAACUCGUUUCCCCAAGAACUGAAUUUUCUUUCUUUUCUCUUUUAAAAGCCAAGUUUCCAGUCCUCAUGGCUGCAAAGAUAAGGAACGCUGGGGUGAAACUGCAGAAGCCGGGGGAGAGGGGGAAGCGAGGUCGCCCUCGUAGGGCGGGUGUCCUUUGCACCGUGUUGCUCUUCCCUGCCUGUCGCGGAAGCUGAAUAAAUCAUGCAAAAUAAGCAACCGCAAACAGGCUUGCUCGUGGCUCAGCGGGACAGCACCUGCCUUGCAUGUGGGAAGACCAGGGUUCAAUUCCCGGCAUCUCCGGUUAAAAUAGAAUAUCAGAUGGGGAAGACCGCCUCUUCCCAAAUCUCGGAGAGGACAAAUACCAACUUUCUCCACUGGCGCUCACACAUUUUGGGAUCCCGUACGGUCCGGAAAAACCGAAAAGGGGGCUGCCGUUUCAUCCGCCGAAGCCAGCUGUAGCUUCUGAGUGCCUUCAAGGGACUGGGGGAUGAAGCCGAGGAUAAUUCAAGAACCCCAAUGCUAUCUCGGAAGCCGGAUUAGGAGCGGGAGUCCAGAAACCGGGGACGGAGGCGGAAGACAUCACGAACACCAAGAUGGUGGUGCUUUGGGUGUCCAACUCCACCCCCAACCCAAACAAUGGGCCAUCCUUUGGUUUUUGUUCUUUGCUUAAGUUUCAAAGAGAGAAAGUAGUAAAAAUUGGGAGGGUUUUUUAGGCGAAAGAAGGAUUAUGUACGGCAGGGAGGAUGGGACGCUGAGCCAUUGUUUCUGCCGCACGGAACGCAAUGGCAGGGUUGCUGGGCUACCCAUUCUUUUCCAUUUCUGAAUACUGUGCGACUUUGCCCCACAUCGCCUGGCCCUGUUUGAUCCCAUGGGGAUGGAAGGUGAACCCUCCCCUGCCUCUCAUGCCAGCACCGACACAUGAGGAGCGCCGCCUGAGUCAGGCCUAACUCCAGGCAUCGGAACUGCAAGAUGUAGCACCGUAUUCUUUGAGAAGGAAAGUGGGGCGUCAUACAACCCAAACGUCUUUUUGGGGAGCAGGGAUGAUUGGGCAGCGGGGGGGGCGCCCCCUUCUUAGGAAGCCUUGCCCAACCUCCAGAUGGAUGGGACUUCAACUCCCAUCAGGUGCCAGCUGCCACGGCCAGGAAUGCUGGGAGAUGUAGUCCAGGUUGGGGCCACCUCUUCUAGAGGGUCAAAAACUCAUAAGACGAUGGCCAAAUCUCCAAGCCUCCCUUAUUUGAAUUAUGACCAAGAAGGUGCCCCCCUAGGUCAGGGGACAGUCAAAUGGUAGAUCUCCAGUUUGGACUGCAGCUCCCAGAAGCUCCUGCCAGCACGGCUAACAGUCAGGAACCCUGGGAGUUGAAGUCCAAAAUAUUAGGGCUUUCUAAAGUGUUGGUGGCCAUUUUAUGUAGAAUCCACCGUUUUGUUCACAGCCCUAAUGUGAAGCGAGAAGCGAUCCUACAACCCCCAGCAUACGUCGCUAAGGAGGGAUGUACCGGGGUCGGGGAACAGUGGGCGUUUGUGGCAAUCUGGGCUGUGCACGUCUCUGGAUGGUUCGCCGCAUGUUCGGUGAGCGCCUUGCAACUGCCCGCCUUUCCCCGCUGCUUGUAAAUGCUGGGCUCGCAAAAGUGCGCUUGCGGCCAAUGGCUACCGUAAAAAGCCAUUUCCGCAAGAUCAGAGGCGUUUACGGAACAGACAGUGAGCCAUCCAGGGACUUGCAUGGCCCGGAUCUGGUAGGCAAGGUCACAAGCACCCGCCACUCCUGGACCCUGUUAAGUCCCUCCCUCCCUAGCAAUGCUGGGAACUGUAGUAUCUUCCCUCACUUCACACUAGGGUUGUGCACAAAAUGGCAGAUUCUCCAUAAAAUGGCUGCCGAUGCUUCGGAAUUCCGAAGCGGAAGCUUGCACAGCCUAACACAGCCUUCCUCAACCUGGGGCGCUCCAGAUGUGUUGGACUGCAUCUCCCAGAAUGCCCCAGCCAGCUGGGGAGUUGUAGUCCAACACAUCUGGAGCGCCCCAGGUUGAGGAAGGCUGCCCUAACAGAAGAUCUAGAGAUCUUAUUUUUUGACCACCCUGCCUUUAUGGGGAGACCCUCAUAAAAUUUAAAAAUGCACUAAUCCCAGGACGCCUUCCCGGUUUUCAUAUUUUUUUGCUCCUCUGUAAGCCAUCUGCUGUUUUCUCUUAACAAUAACCACUCCGGCAAACACGUGUGUGUGUGUGUGCCGUAUUUAUUUCACCCGGGUGUCUGCAUCUUUUUCUUUAAAGGAUUCUAUGCCAGCCCCCCACCCUGCAACCUGGUGCCUUCUGGGUGUGUUGGACAACACAUCCUGGCUGGGGAACGUUGGGUGUUGUAGUCCCAACACAUCCAGGGGGUAGCAAAUUGGGGGACGCCUUUCUACGCUGUCAGUUUUUCUUGGUUGUCCCAAGACGUCAUAAGUGUUUAGACCUACCAAAUCUUGAAGAUUUCCUGCUAGGGUCAGGGAAUAAGGUUAAAAUCAAGAUAAUUGUAUUUAUAUUUAAUUUUAUGGGUUAUGUUGUUGUUUCCCCCUCUUUCUUUCUUGGAUCUAGUCAAGAUCAAAUAACAAAAAGCGUGUGCCGUAGGCAUUUGUUCUACUUACUUCUAAUACCCCACCGACAGAGAGAGAUAUGGUCAGAAAUACGUUUUUCGGCCUUCCAAAAGACCGUAAAAGAUGUGCCCGAAACAUCUGGCCAGUUUGGAAGAACAUUUCUGUGUUUUUAGACGCCUGUGACCAGACUCUGCCAAAACACCUAGCCUAUUUCCAGCGUUUACACUACUCUUGCGGGACAAUGUGCCGGCCGGCGCAUCCUCCUUACUGUGAUAACAGCCCUGGCACGUGGGCGAAGAUGAGCGGAAAAUAGACACGGACUAAAUCACUGGAUUACGGCUGCUUUCCCGCGAGACGAGCACCCGGACAUUUGAAAGCAGUCCAAUAAAAUAUUUCUCUUGUGAAA